CUGCAGGAUACUUCCUGGAAUGUCUGCAAGUGGACGUUCAUCUGGCUGUUUCACUGAAAAAGUGGGGAUGGGGACUUUCUUUUAUGGAAGAUGUAAUUAAUAGCCAUGAGAUUUGGAAUGAAACCUCUGACCAGAUCAAGGAUGCUACACAACCUACCUUGAAACUGGCUUUUUACAUGUGCUGAAAAAUUAUUAAGUUUUGUUCAAAGUAUUGGAAAUCAGAAGCCACUUAACAUGACAACAGAAACGUUGAUGAAGGAUAUUAAACCAGGCAUGAAAAAUCUAAAUCUUAUAUUCAUUGUGCUGGAAACAGGCCGGGUGACCAAGACAAAGGAUGGUCAUGAAGUACGGACCUGUAAAGUAGCUGACAAAACAGGCAGCAUAAACAUCUCUGUAUGGGAUGAUGUUGGAAAUCUAAUCCAGCCGGGCGAUAUCAUUCGACUCACCAAAGGGUACUCAUCGAUUUUCAAAGGCUGCUUGACACUGUACACUGGACGUGGAGGAGAUCUGCAGAAAGUAGGAGA